AUCUCGCUCGUCCUGAGCCCUCACGCACGCACACGCACGCACGCACGCACGCGCUCGCUCGCUCACCUGAGCCCAGCCGCCGCACACAUGGACGCGUACGCCAUGCACGACUUUUUCCAGCUGAGCGACGACGAUGAUGACUCGCGCGCCAGCACGCGCUCCUCGUCGCCACCGCCUCCGCCACCGACGCAGAAGAAGCGGCGGCGGGGGCGCGCGCGCAACGAGGCCACCGUACGCGUGGUCCGGAAGAGCCGCCGGCUGAAGGCCAACGACCGCGAGCGGAACCGGAUGCAUAACCUCAACGGCGCCUUGGAAGAGCUGCGCCGCGUGCUUCCGGCGCUACCAGACGAGACGAAGCUGACCAAGAUCGAGACCCUGCGUAUGGCGCACAACUACAUCUGGGCCUUGGCCGAGACACUGCGGAUGGCCGACCGCGGCGGAGUCCCCCGCGACGGUGCCCUCGGCGACGGCCCCGGUUCCGGCUGGUUCUCCUGCUGCACAAGCUCGCCGUCCUCCUCGCCGUCUUCAUUAUCUUCCUCCUCCUCCUCGCCCGCCUACAGCCCGGGCAGCCCGCUCGAACACGCGCACGAGCACGCGCUCUUUGGCCGCCCGCGGGGGCUCUUCUGACCGUUGGAGUGACCCCCCCCCAUCCCCACCCUCGCCUUCACGGACCUCCCGGCGCGAGCGCGAGUACAGGUGCUUCUCACACUCCGAUGGAGCCCUGCAUGCGCGUGCACGAGCGCCCAAGCCAAGUCGAAAGGUCAACUCUCCAAUUAGUUGUGUGAAAUUUCACACUCAAGACUCAUUCAUUAUUCAUGAGGACUUGGCUUUAUUUAUUUUUGGAAUGUUUUGGAACUAUUUGUACAUACAGAAAGAUUUUAUCCUAUUUCCUCACUGACACUUUUCAGCACAAUAAAGUUUUUA